UUUUACUCCUUUUCCCGUGACUGCAGUGUGGUUCUGCUAGCACUAGCGGCUGCUAUAUUUUCCCCUAGAAACAGCUAUAUUUCACUUGGAGAUGGGCUAGACUUUUUAAAGGGAAUACAUGACAAUUAAGGUAUUAAUCCUACUAACAUGGUAAAUUACUGACUUUUUUUCUGCUUUUCAUUUUUCUUUAAGAAACUGAGACAUGGAGAAGCUUCUAGCAAGUACCAACCUCAUCAAACAAGCAAAGUCUUCCAAGUCCAAACAGGGGAAAAAAUAAUCCAAACAAUGGCUGCUAGAGAAGGGAGAGCUGCAGAAUAUGAAGAAAUUGCUGCACCAUUGCCCGGAAGCAUUCUGCAAUUCUGGGAAGACUUCAGAUAUUGUAUUAUUUUAUCCUGGUUAGGAACAGGCAAACUGCCAACUUGAAAGUUCAGAGAAGGCAUUAGCUCCUAUAUUUGACUUUAGUCCUUUUGAGCAACAUAAAUAUGGAUCAAACCCAGGCUGUGGUGACUGAAAUCCUUCGAGUGUGCCAACACACCAGCAGCAGGAGGACCCUCCACUGAGCAAGAGGAUUUUGUUCAUACCUAAAUUUUUUAGUAGGUGAUCAAUACUUUAUUGCCUGCUCUUUCACAAUGAAGGCCAUGGAGGAUCAAGUAGUUCAAGAAGAACCAGGAUACCAGGAUGAUGAGGAAUCCUUUUUUCAGGAUAUUGACCUGCUACAGAAGCAUGGAAUUAAUGUAGCAGAUAUUAAAAAGCUGAAGUCAGUUGGGAUCUGUACAAUCAAAGGAAUCCAGAUGACCACAAGACGUGCGCUGUGCAAUGUAAAAGGGCUUUCAGAGGCCAAAGUGGACAAGAUUAAAGAAGCUGCAAACAAGCUUAUUGAGCCAGGCUUCCUGACUGCCUUUGAGUACAGUGAAAAACGGAAGAUGGUAUUUCAUAUUUCUACUGGCAGCCAGGAAUUUGAUAAACUUCUAGGUGGUGGGAUUGAAAGCAUGGCAAUCACUGAGGCCUUUGGAGAGUUUCGGACAGGCAAAACCCAGCUAUCUCACACUCUUUGUGUGACAGCUCAGCUCCCAGGACCAAAUGGCUACACAGGUGGAAAGAUUAUCUUCAUUGAUACUGAAAACACUUUCCGACCAGACCGUCUUCGUGACAUUGCCGAUCGCUUCAGUGUUGACCACGAGGCAGUGCUUGACAAUGUGCUGUAUGCACGUGCAUAUACUAGUGAACAUCAGAUGGAAUUGCUUGACUAUGUAGCAGCCAAGUUCCAUGAGGAAGCUGGUAUCUUCAAGCUAUUGGUACAAGACUUUUUGGUUUUUGGCCGUGGAGAGUUGGCCGAACGACAACAGAAACUAGCUCAGAUGCUGUCAAGGCUCCAAAAAAUAUCAGAAGAAUAUAACGUGGCUGUGUUUGUGACCAACCAGAUGACUGCUGACCCAGGAGCAACUAUGACUUUUCAGGCAGACCCAAAAAAGCCCAUUGGGGGCCACAUCCUUGCUCAUGCUUCGACUACCAGGAUCAGUUUGAGGAAGGGGAGAGGGGAGCUGCGUAUUGCAAAGAUAUAUGACAGCCCUGAGAUGCCUGAAAAUGAAGCUACAUUUGCAAUAACCACAGGAGGGAUUGGGGAUGCCAAAGAAUAGGUAAAAAAACAGUGUAAAUGUACUGCUGGGCAAGUUGGGAUGAAGAUUUGUGCAUGGCCACCAACUGCCUGGCUGCAUUUCUAGCUUUUGGGAACUAUUUGAGAUAUUUUGGGAGAACACUGGGAUGAACUCUGUACAGUUCAGUUUUACUGAAUUUGGUUCAUUUAAGGUCUUUGUUUUUCAACUGAACUUUCAGCAGAGAAAGAUUCAAGAAAUAAGCUUGUGAAUUGUUCUCUGAGUCCCUUUCCUAUGUUUUGUGAAAAUCAAAGCUGUUCUUUCACAUGAGAUUAAAUAUACUCUUUCUUAGUUUAUUUCAAAGAGAAUGUCUAAGUGGUAGAAUUUAAUGGAGCGAAAUGAAGAAGAACUGGAAUAAACUCAGUUAUGAAAUUACCAUAAAUAGAUGGAAAAGGCAGUGGGAGGAGCAACAGCCCAGGAACUUGAUGGAUUCUCAUGUACU